AAGGUCCAACAUGCUUGUCACCAUAUCUCUAACCAAUCAGUUGCAGGUAUUCUUUGUCGAAGUCUUAUGUUCGAGAAGCCAGUUGGAGAACAUGCUCUGCAACAGCACGUUAUCAAACAAAUAUAUUUAACCACGGGAAUUGAGCCCUAUAGCGACUGCAAAAAUAGGUGCCUCAUGGAAAAUACCUGUGUGUCGAUGAACGUCGGUCCACCCAGCAAGAAUGGACUCAGGGUCUGUCAACUAAGUGAUUCUGAUCACAUUCAACAUCCAGAUGACCUGAAACCACGAGAAAGAUACCAGUAUUGGGCUACAAAGGUAUCGAUAUUUGGAUAGAACACAAUACGAUAGAUUAAUUUUUCAAUUCUCCUUGGUAUGGUUAUGCUGAGUUUUUCUUUAAAAAAAAAUCCCACUAAAGAUAACUUUAUCCCUGCAGAAUCCAUGUUCAAGCAGCCCUUGUCUUCAUAAUGCAACCUGUCUAAAUGGGUUCACAGAUGAGAGAUACAUUUGCUUGUGUCCAGUUGGUUUCAAGAGAAAAAAAUGUGAAAGAAAAGGUGAGAAUUUCUGUAAAUAAAUGUCAGGUUUACCUUAAUGCUUGCGAGUUAUCUCCUCCCGUAAAUCUUUUACUUUGACACGUCUAGUGAUACGCUUCAUUAUUAUUAUUAUUAUUAUUAUUAUUAUUGCUUAUUAAUUUUUUUUGGUUGUUCCCACCUCCAAUGUUCGCGGUUGAUAUCCGUUUAAGAAAUUUUGUAUGGUUUUCUAUUGAUUAAUCUGUCAUUUGAAGGCUAAAUAUAUCAUGUAGACGAUUAAUUUUUUUCAUGCCCCUUUAGAGCUUGUAAAAAAGUUACGUAACUUGCAAGUACUCGAACGCACGACUUAUUUUAGAAUUAUUAAAGAAGAUACGAUUUAAGGUUUUUUAUCAUUGCAUUAAUCAACAGCGAGCCUUUGUGUCAUCUUUAAGAGAACUGUAAGAGAUGGUGCUAUAAAAAAUAUGUUGAUAUGAGCUUCUUUGUUUUCCCCUCAGCGUUUAAAGCAAUUUUUACAAAUCUCAAUGCCACUGGAAGAUAUGGUCCAACGAUGCUGGGCAGUCACUACACAGGUCAGGAUCAUGACGGACAAGUUACACUGUCCAACGGUAUUCAACAAUGGACUGUGCCGUACACUGGUGACUACAAAAUAAGAGCGAUUGGAGCAGCAGGAGGGUACGAUUCAUACCCUAACAGCCCUCAAUACCGUGGAAGAGGAGCAAGAAUAGUUGGAGAAUUCCGUUUAAAGGAGGGUGAAGUUAUCCAGAUACUUGUAGGUCAAGAAGGAGGAAUAAACAAGAGAAAUGAAUCAUCUGGAGGUGGUGGAGGCACAUUUGUAGUGAGAGGAGCCGACACGCCUUUGAUAAUAGCUGGAGGCGGAGGAGGGGUAGAUUCUGCACAGUCAAGACAUGCAGGAUGUGACGCCAGCACAAACACAACAGGGAACCUAGGAUACGAUUCAUGGUCAGGGGGGAGCAAUGGGCAUGGUGCGCAGACUGCUGAUGAUGGUAACUCAGGUAAUACUGUGAUGAUCCCUUACCCAUCAGCUCCUCAUUAAUGAAUGUGUUAAUGUAUGCUUCACAUGUAAAUCAUCGGCCCUAAUCCUACAUAAAACAAAAAAAACAAAAAACAACAACAAAAACAACAAAAAACCUUAAGACUUCCUAAGAAGAGGACCAGUCUAUAUAUCUGGGCAUAUAAAAGAUAGAUAUCAAAAUCUUAAACUUAAUGGAUGGCGGCUCAAUAGAAUUAUUGUACACGCUGAUAUGGGUACAUUAGGGAUAUAAUUAAAAAAGGGCGUUUUGUUUACUAAAACUUUACUCAUCAUUUUGUUGUUUUAUUUGUUCUCAGGUGGCGGUGGUGGCGGGUUUUACUCCAGUGGAAGAAACGGAGAGAAUUUCAAUGGAACCAAGGGAGAGGGCGGAGAAGGCGGUAAUGGAUUUCUACAGGGAGGGGAGGGUGGGAGAUCACUGCAUCACAACGUUGUUGGUGGGUUUGGUGGUGGAGGUGGAGCUAAUGGAUGGGCAGGAGGAGGAGGAGGAGGAGGGUACUCUGGGGGAAGUAGUGGAAGUGGUAGUCAUGAUAGCUGUGGGGGAGGGGGUGGCUCUUACAACGAUGGAAAGAAGCAGAAGAAUGAAUGUUGUUAUAACAAGGCUGGUCAUGGUCAGGUGAUUAUCGCGUUGCCGUAA